AUGGAACACCACCAUGCAAGAGUGGAACACCACCAUGCAAGAGUGGAGUUGAACAAGAGUGGAACACCACCAUGCAAGAGUGGAACACCACCAUGCAAGAGUGGAGUUGAACAAGAGUGGAACACCACCAUGCAAGAAGUUGAGUUGAACAAGAGUGGAACACCACCAUGCUCGAGUGGAACACCACCAUGCAAGAGUGUAACACCACCAUGCAAGAGUGGAACACCACCAUGCAAGAGUGGAACACCACCAUGCAAGAGUGGAACACCACCAUGCAAGAGUGAAAAACCACCAGGCCAGAGUGGAAAACCACCAUGGAAGAGUGGAACAUUACCAUGCACGAGUGGAACACCACCAUGCACGAGUGGAACACCACCAUGGAAGAGUGGAACACCACCAUGCAAGAGUGGAGUUGAACAAGAGUGGAACACCACCAUGCACGAGUGGAACAUCACCAUACAUGAGAAGAGUGGAACACCACCAUGCAAGAGUGGAACACCACCAUACAUGAGAAGAGUGGAACACCACCAUGCACGAGUGGAACACCACCAUGCAAGAGUGAAACAUCACCAGGCAAGAGUGGAACACCACCAUGGAAGAGUGAAACACCACCAUACGUGA